CUGCCUUGCUCACUAGAGGACGCCGUGCAGCUCUGUUACUGGCUGACGCAGCUCUGACGUAUUAGGAAGUAUCUUGAAGACAAAUCGCAGCUGACUAGCAGGAGGCUGUUGACGUUCAGAUGUUGAAUGCUGUGGCUUUUGAAAAUAAGAAAUAAUGACAUGUGAACAGUACCUUAAACUCUUCCUUUAGAAACACUGCUUGUGGCGAUUCAGUCCGAAAAAGAGAGACCAAGUUUAGCAUCUUAUUCUUUGGAAGACAUCAACAUUGCCAAGUCUCUCCCAUGUCCUCUGGCUGUCCACCCCAGUCGCCUGCCGUGGCUAAGUCCGAGGUUGCCAUAGAGGGAGAAUGCCCUCUCCUAGCCGCCACCUUUGCCUACUGGGACAACAUCCUGGGUCCCCGAGUGCGCCACAUCUGGACACCUAAGGGUGACCAACUGAUGUUCCUCAGUGAUGGAGAGGUCACAUUUCUGGCCAAUCAUACACUUAAUGGAGAGAUCCUGCGCAGUGCCGAGUGCGGCGCUGUGGAUGUGAAGUUCUUUGUCUUGGCAGAAAAGGGUGUCAUCAUCGUGUCUCUUAUCUUUGACGGUGAGCUGAAGGGGGACAAGAACACGUGUGCCUUGUCUAUUAUCCUGCCUCAAACAGAGCUGGCCUUCUACCUGCCUCUGCACAUGAUCUGCGUGGAGAGGCUAAAGCAUGUUAUCCGCAGGGGACGCAUUUGGAUGCAGAAGGGCUACAACAUCAUCUCGGUUCUGAGCUUGGAGAUUGUUCCGAUCAUGGAGCUGUUGGCCUCCAUGAAGACACACAGCGUGCCUGAAGAAAUAGAUAUAAAAGACUCGGUGCUAAAUGAUGAUGACAUCGGGGACAGCUGCCACGAGGAUUUCCUCCACAAGGCCAUCAGCUCUCAUCUGCAGACUUGCGGCUGUUCAAUUGUGGUUGGAAGCAACCCAGAGAAAGUUAAUAAGAUCGUGCGGACCCUCUGUCUCUUCCUCACCCCAGCUGAGAGGAAGUGCUCUCGCCUCUGCAAGGCUGACUCCUCCUUUAAAUAUGACACCGGCCUGUUUGUACAGGGUUUGCUUAAGGACUCCACAGGCAGCUUCGUCCUGCCGUUCCGCCAAGUCCUCUACUCACCGUACCCGACCACUCACAUCGAUGUUGACAUCAACACGGUCAAGCAGAUGCCACCGUGCCAUGAGCACUCGUACAACCAGCGACGCUACAUGCGGUCUGAGCUCAGUGCACUUUGGAAGACGGACAGUGAGGACGACAUAGCCCCCGACACGGUCAUCCACACCGAUGAGACCUUUACACCUGACCUGAAUAUAUUUCAAGACGUCAUGCAUAAAGACACUUUGGUGAAGUCAUUUAUAGAUGAGGUGUUCAUGCUGAAGCCAGGCCUGUCCCUGCGGAGCACCUAUCUGGCCCAGUUCCUGCUGCUGCUCCACAGGAAGGCCCUCACACUGCUCAAGUACAUUGAGGACGAAACGCAAAAAGGGAAGAAGCCAUUUCGAUCUCUGCGCAAUUUAAAGACGGACCUGGAUCUGACCGUGGAAGGAGAUCUAAACAUUGUCAUGGCCUUCGCUGAGAAGCUGAGGGCAGGACUGCACUCCUUUGUUUUUGGGAAGCCAUUCUUCACCAGCAUGCAGGAACGAGAUGUUCUCAUGAGCUUUUGACUAAAUUCUUUGCCUGCACUUUAUUUUAUGAACAGUUGAUGAGAACAGUCAUUUGGCUGCUUUCCUUUUUGUCCAUUUAUUUCAUAAAUGCAUGCACUAGUACUCUGGAGAGAGGACUGCCUGUCGCCUCAUUAUUUGUUUUUAUCUUGCUGAAAUGAAAAAAAAAGAGUCUUGAUCAUUACGAGGCAGGACUAAUGAUUAUUGCUGUUAUGAGCCGCUAGAAUUUAAGUUUACAAUACAACACCGACAGAUGCCUUGAUCAACUGUUGGCAUUAAGUGAGUCCAAUGAUCAUUUGUACUCAUAUUCACUGUGGGAUAGAUUAUGUAUCUAUUCCACACCUUCUGUAGAGAGUAUGUAUUCAUUUCUGAUGCUAAAGUUGACUGGUUUGCACACUCAGUGCAGUUACGAAUCAUAUUUAUUAAAAAAAAUAGCAUUAAUAAAUUCACUGCCUGUUUUUCAAUAAAAUUAUAAUUUACUGAA